CCGCAGGAAUAUUCCUAUCCGUCACAAAGGGUUUCAUAAUCCAAGCAUCCAAACACAUCCAUAUGAAAUUCCAAGAAACGAAAACGUAGUUCAAUCGAAGCUUUUCUUUCCGAGGAAAAGUUUCGCAGGUAGUCUCACAAAAUUUCAUACCAAUCUCAAGAUAGAGAUGAAGAAAGCCACAGAUAUCGCUUCGAUUCUUCUAUUGAUAUCUCUUUCCCUUCAAGAAAUAUCCCAUGGUUCUUCGGCUUCAUCCCUUACAGGGGGAAAUCAGGAUUCUGAAGGAUCUGCAGCUGCAAGAACUCUUAAUCAAGAGCAAGACCAAGAGCAUGCUCAUGAGGUUCAUUGUUCUAGAGAAAGAAGUAGGGCAGCUUGGGAAGUAAUUGAGGAGUAUCUGAUGCCAUUUGUGGAACGAGAAGACUAUCAGAUUUCAAGUAAAUGUAGACUUCAUCCUGACAAUGAUCUGUUCAGGGAUCAGGAGCAGCACAAAAUUCAUGUGGAUAUAAAUGAAUGGAAGUGUGGAUACUGUAAGAAAAGCUUCCGUGCUGAAAAGUUUCUUGAUCAGCAUUUUGACAACAGACACCACAAUCUAUUGAAUAUUAGUCAUGGCAAGUGCUUGGCUGAUUUAUGUGGUGCAUUGCAUUGUGAUACCAUGAUGAAUACCAAGUCUCGCAAAACCAAGUGCAAUCCUGCGGCUACUGCUAGAAAUCGUCACCUAUGUGAGGGUCUUGCUGACAGUUGUUUUCCAGUCCAUCAGGGUCCCUCAGCAAGCCAUCUUCAUGAUUUAUUUUUGCACCAAUUUUGUGAUGCUCAAACUUGCUCUGGAAAACAGAAACCUUUUCCAAAGGGAGGCAGGAAGAAAACAAGUGUAUUCUACCUGGCUAUAUCAAUAUUGACUUUGAUGCUGCUCCCUAUUUUCUAUCUAAUCGUCUAUUUGCACCAGAGCGAAAUGAGGAAGAAAACCCAAGAGCUUAGGCGCAUCUCUAAAAUUGGACAGAAAGCAAAACCCUCAUAGCUGGUUAGGCGAACAGGGAGGAUAAUGGCGAGAUGUAUUGUAUGUGUCAAUGCUUUCUUCCAAUAGAUUCCUCUGUAAAUUUGCAUUUGUCACGAAAGGCACAGGGAAGGAAUUGCAUUGCAAGUGUUUGAAGGUACCAGGAACGGAGGCAAACCUUGCCAGGGUUCCAUACGAUAGUGUAACCACUUUUUUCCCUCAAAAAGGAUCUAAUAGUUUAUGAAAGGGCAGAGAUAUGUGAAAAUUUUCAUUUUUAUUAUUUUGUUUUCCAUUGGUUGGAACAUUUUCUCGUGUUGAAAAAGUUCUUCCCACUGCUGGGAAACAAUCCAAAUAAAGUUAUAAGUAAAUUUUUGCUUGCUUUUUAGGCAA